CCUGCCACCGCCGAAGGCACUCCGGGAGGGGCAAGCGGAAGGGGCAGCGCUUAGCCGCUCCUUAUCGCCAUUCUCUUUCGCUUCACCGCUCUGACCGGCUCCGGACCUGCCUGGAUUUACGGGCGGUUGGGUACAGUUCCCGAGCUCAAGAAGGGAUGGUGUCUGUCAGAGGGCUUGGUCAGCCACUUCAACACCAGGGAGAUGUCUCCUUGUGAUGGAAGAAGAAAGUGAAACAAACAGUGCAGAAGCCAGAGCUCCAGGGGAGAAAGCAAAAAUGGAAGAGAAUCCAAGCAUGGACCUGGCUGAAGCUGGGCCAACCCAAGGUGAAAUGAAGAGCACAGCAGAGCAUCCUGCACACCAAAAGCCCACCCAAGAAACACUUGAGCAAGUGACAAGCAGGUGUCCUAAGACCUUCUGCAAACCAGAAAAGGACCCUUUGCCAUGUAAGUCACCAACUGCUGAUGGAGGAGAGACAGCACUGUCAGAUUUAGCUGGCUCAAGAGUAGAUGAGAAUGUUCUCCAGGAAACUAAAGCAUCAUUGGAAGAACCUAUGAAGACAAGACAUGAUUUCUUAGAAAGAUCCCAGGAAAAAGAUGACUUGGACAAAGCCAGGCUGGCCCAUGAUAGAAUGGACAGCAAAGAAGAAAGCCCUGUCCAGCCAGAAACACAGGAGGAUCAGGAGCCAAGCAAGCAGGAGCAAAGCCCUGUCCAGCCAGAAACACAGGAGGAUCAGGAGCCAAGCAAGCAGGAGCAAAGCCCUGUCCAGCCAGAAACACAGGAGGAUCAGGAGCCAAGCAAGCAGGAGCAAAGCCCUGUCCAGCCAGAAGCACAGGAGGAUCAGGAGCCAAGCAAGCAGGAGCAAAGCCCUGUCCAGCCAGAAGCACAGGAGGAUCAGGAGCCAAGCAAGCAGGAGCAAAGCCCUGUCCAGCCAGAAGCACAGGAGGAUCAGGAGCCAAGCAAGCAGGAGCAAAGCCCUGUCCAGCCAGAAGCACAGGAGGAUCAGGAGCCAAGCAAGCAGGAGCAAAGCCCUGUCCAGCCAGAAACACAAGAGGAUCAGGAGCCAAACAAGCAAGGGCAAAGCCCUGUCCAGCUAGAAACACAGGAUGAUCAGGAGCCAAGCAAGCAAGGGCAAAGCCCUGUCCAGCCAGAAGCACAGGAGGAUCAGGAGCCAAGCAAGCAAGGGCAAAGCCCUGUCCAGCCAGAAGCACAGGAGGAUCAGGAGCCAAACAAGCAAGGGCAAAGCCCUGUCCAGCCAGAAGCACAGGAGGAUCAGGAGCCAAGCAAGCAGGAGCAAAGCCCUGUCCAGCCAGAAGCACAGGAGGAUCAGGAGCCAAGCAAGCAGGGGCAAAGCCCUGUCCAGCUAGAAACACAGGAGGAUCAGGAGCCAAACAAGCAAGGGCAAAGCCCUGUCCAGCCAGAAGCACAGGAGGAUCAGGAGCCAAGCAAGCAGGAGCAAAGCCCUGUCCAGCCAGAAGCACAGGAGGAUCAGGAGCCAAGCAAGCAAGGGCAAAGCCCUGUCCAGCCAGAAGCACAGGAGGAUCAGGAGCCAAACAAGCAAGGGCAAAGCCCUGUCCAGCCAGAAGCACAGGAGGAUCAGGAGCCAAGCAAGCAAGGGCAAAGCCCUGUCUGCCCAGAAGCACAGGAGGGUCAGGAGCCAAGCAAGCAAGAGGAAAGCUCCAUCACAACAAAGGAAGAUGCUUCAUUGAGAAGCAAGAGCUCCAAUGUGACUGCCACAGAAGAUGCCACCAAGGACCUCUCGGCAGAGAAAAGCACCAGUGCCCCUGUCCUACACUGGGAGCCAGAAAAGCAUGUAGAGCAAGAAACAGAGGAGAGUGGAUCCCAGAGCAUGUUAAGGAGCAGACAAGGAACCAGAGGGCACGCAACCCCAAGAGCAGAGACUCAGUCAUACUUGCAGAGCAUCACCCAAAACACAGACCAGGAGAAGGCCAAAAAGUCCCUCCUGUGGAAAGGUGAGGAAAAGAAGCUUCCCGUGUGUGUUACUCAUGGACCAGAAGGCACUCAUUCUCCAGGAUCAAGGCUUGUUGUUGUGAGCGUCAUGUUGGUCUGCUUCUGCUUAUACAGCUUCGGCAACCCGACCUCCAAGGCCCAGCAAGCCUCUAGGAACCCUACUGUGGAGGCAUUCCUGUCCAAGUUCAGCCAGCUGCCAGACAAGUUUCCAGGGCAGAAUCCCCAGCUAUGGGAUCGCGGGCGCAAGAUCCUGCAGAAGCACCUGAACACAUCCUACAACACGCAGCCAGCCAUCAUCAUCCUCACAGCUGCCCGCAGGGGAGAGCAGACCUUGCAGUGUCUUAGCACCCACGUGGCCAACACCUUCUCAACUGCCCUGCACUCCAACACGGUCCAGAUCAAUGGCAAAGAUAAAUCCAAGCUCCAGAGUGACCAGGCCAAGCUGGAGGUGGACUUGGAGCUCAGCUCAGCUUUCCAGGCUGGUGACCGUGCUGCAGUGAUACACCACUUCGAGAUGUUGCCAGCAGGGUCCACCAUCAUCUUCUACAAGUACUGCGAUCAUGAAAGGGCUGCUUUCAAGGAUGUGGCCCUGCUGCUGACCGUGCUGCUGGAGGAGGAGAUGCUAGAGACCAACAUCAGCUUCAAGCAGGCAGAAGAGAGGGUCCAUGACUUCCUGUGGGCCAAGUUCACUGACACCAGGAGCCCCGGCUCCUACAAUUACAUGGAUUCCGACAAGCUGAGCGGGCUGUGGAGCCGCAUCUCCCAUUUAGUGCUCCCAAUCCACCCAGUGCAGACCAUUGAGAAGGGGGGAUGCCAUGUCAACACCAAAACCCAGGGACAAAGGCUGCCAGAGCCCUGAGGAGGGUUGGAAAGGCAGUGCUGGCUGACUGUAGUGCAGGAGUAGGCACAAUUUGUGCUGAUUCCUUUCAGUUUGUUGCUCGUAUCUUCCUGGGAAGAGUCUGACAAGUUGAGCCAGGCAAUUUGGCCAGCUGAGUCCUGGAGAAGAUAGACCACGUGCUUCUUUCUGGCAGAUGGAAAGAGUGGACAUUUUAGCCUGCUAAUUGCACAGGAGGACAUCAUUGUAUGAGGGGAGGCAGGAAGGAAAACAGGAGGGAAAGCAGGUAGCAUUUCUGCCAUCAGGAAACACAGAGGUAACGUUCAAAGCUAGUAUACCAGAAGGACACUUCAUUCAGCAGCCCUUUCGUUUCUCCCUGCCUCUCAGUUUGCUAACAUCAGGUACAUCAGUCUCAUGAUGUACUUUAGGUUUCUCUCUCUUUGCAGAGAGCCUGGAAUACAUGAAAGUCAAAUCCCCCAAAGCCCAACAUUUUGAAGGCAUGCUUCAAAAAAGAAAGGCAGUUUGGUAGUCAAGGUUUUGACCAGUCAGUCCUGAUAAAAGAGUCCCACUUGCACAGACUGAAUGACAGCCAGCAAAGACCAUAGCCUAAAUACAGGAUAUCCAAAGCAAGCUGCCAGCCAGACGUCCUUUAAACGUGAAUUACAAGAAAUUUCAGGUUGUCAGCACUGAAACACUGCACUAAGGGGGUAGGAUCUCAUGAGGAUAUCCCAUAUGUCAGAGAAUAAGCCUGGAAGGCAGAGAGCAAUGAAACAGAAAUCAUCUAACUGUUCAAGCCUCAAGGGACUGCACAGGUGAAAGCAGUUUAACUUGAUGCUACCUCCUCUUAAAAUGUCCACUCUUGAUCCCUUUGCCACAAGGCUGUGACUGUCUCUUUGGGCUGGUGUCUCAGCUUUGACCCUACAAGACAGACUGCUCUUCAGCCAGAUCUCUGAUCUGUGCGUAGAGCAGGGAGCUGUCAGCCUGCCUCUCCCCAGUGAGCUUCUGUCGAUGAAUGUAAGAUGUUAACACUGAUAUUUAUUUCACACCACACAGGGUAGCACAUCAGGAGUAGAUUUACCUCCCUGCCAGGCAGCUGCUGCUCUAGCAUAUGCCAAAGCAACUAGGAGAGAGCUGGGAUUAGCUGGUAAAGACAAAAUCUCUGGUAUUAACACUAAAACCCCUCAACAAAACAGGGUGGUUUCUUACUGUGCCACCUCUUCUGCAUCCCAGGAAGAGAAACCCAAGUCCUGGGAACACGGUGGUGUUCCUGCACACUGCCUUUCUGCAGGUGCUCUGGGGCAGAGCAGCCAACUCAGGAAAUACCUGGGGGGAGGUGGGAGCUAGCUGCAGGUUACAGCAUAUAUAAUAACCUGGCAGUCAGCCUCAGGUGUUAGCCUCUUGUGCCUUCAGCGCUGCCUGCCAGAGGAGGAGCAGCCAAAGCAGAGCAUGGCUUAUUUCUAUAUAAGCAGCACGAGUGGGGCCUCGUGGAGCCAGGCUCUGUGCCCAAACAAGACACAACCCAAGAACACUGUGGUGUUUUUACAGUCAGUGCAUCUGAGCACUCCUCACAGCAACUGGAUCCUGGCACUGGCCAGGUCUUCUGCCAGUGGUGCCUUGCUGCUCUGCCCCACCAAUGGCCCAGCUGAGUGAGACACAACCCUGCAUCCUACACCCACAGCCUGUCUCUUCUUUCCUUCCUGCCGUGUGCCUUAACCUCUCUGUGGCCAUUCACUUGGAGGAAGGGACAAAAUGAAGGAAGAGGAAAGGAUUACCUGUUGAAAAUUUAACAAGAAAAGAUGGUUUUGCUUGGCUGGGGACAUGAAGACAAUCCCACAGAGGUUUCACCUGCAACAAGCACCAGGCUGAGCAGGAGAAUUGCCUGCUGGCAGGCCUGUCCAAGGCAUGGCUUUGUUACAAGGUACAGGUUGCUUCUUCCCCUCCUUCCUUUUAAUUGCUACACACUACCUUAGAAACAGACAAAACUUUCUGCUCUGCAGGGUUCAGUAUGGGUGUUGAUGGGAGAUCUGGUAAAGAGUUGAUCAUAUCAUGUCAGUAUCUUGAGGGACACUAUUCUCAUGCUGCCUGUCAGUGAGAUGUCCUGUGUUUGGAUAUGCAGUACAAGGGAUGCAGGGGCAGCCUCACACUGGGCAUGUCACUGCAGGCAUCAUCCAUCCAAGCUGUUCCCACACAGAGAUGUUUUUAUGGCCUUUUAAAGACAAAAUAUCAAACAUCUGCUUGCUUCUGAAACAAGACUGCUAUUUAAAAAUAAAGAGUGAGAUUGUGAAAGAA